AGGAGCAGAAGUUGUGAAUUGACAACCGUCUCAGCUGUGAGCGGGUUUUCUUGUCAUGCAAUUUCCGGGCCAUGAAACCGAGCGGAAAGUGUGUGUGUGUGUGUGUGUGUGUUUUAUGUGGCCGUGAAUGGCAGGUCAGCGACAGGAAGUGGAAACAACGUCUGCGACAUUUCAACCAGUUUCGCUUUGUAACCAACUGGUUUAUUUGAGCUUUUAUUUGUGCAGAAGAAUGAAAGGGCCAUCUUUAAAAAUAAAGAGUUAUGCACUCAUGUUCAAAAAUAAUAAUAAUUUUGAAGUAAAAAAAAUGUGAAGGAAAAUGUCCCCAUCCUUACUUUCUCAGGCACUUGGAUAUGUGCCAUGUAACAAGCCUUUUUCACUUUUGUACACACUCAUAUAUCACACACACUAUACCAACACCCUGAAAUACAAAGGCCACUCCUUAAACUAAGCAACAAGUAAAUACCAUAAAGAAGGUCUUUGUUCGAUACGGUAUGUACAUUGGGCGUGUGUUUCAUUCUUCCUAUUAUGACCAAUGUCAUAUUUCCAGUUUAUGGUACAUCUAAUUACAAACUUUGACCGGAAUAACCUGAUGUGUUGCUCAACUGGUCCCUGCCCACCUGCGCCUUUGUCCCACCAAGGUAUAAAACAAGCUUCCACCAGGCCCCAUGCAACUCAUCUCCCGCAAUUCCUUCCUGCCGGCACUCGCUGACGUCCCUUUCCACAAUGUGUGACUUAAAUUUAACUCCGCUGGAGAAGACCAUUUUCACUCUCAACCAAGUCUUUGACAAACACGCCGGCACCGAUGGGAAGAAGGCCACCCUGAGCAAGAAUGAGGUCAAGACCCUGCUGGCGAAAGAGCUGCCCAAUCUUUGGAAGGCAGCUCAGGGAAACCCAGACGGGGAAAAGCUUCUAAUGGAUUUUAAUGGAGAUGGAGAAGUUGACUUCACGGAGUUCAUGGUCGCCAUUUCCUGCCUCGCCUGCAUCUUCAAAUACGCUUCCUGUCCUGAGAAGUGAGUGGCAGGAUGUGCCCUCUGACAAGGCCUGGUGGAGGUCGCUGAAAUAAAACCGGUUUUAGUGCUUGAACAA